AUGAUUAAUUCCGGUGUGCAUUUCACGGACAGAUAUAAGAAGUUGUUGCGCAAGCACACGCCAUUUGUGCGAUCUAGUGGUCAAGAUCGUGUUGUUGAGUCAGCACAGAAGUGGCUCACAGGUGUUGCGCUGUCGUUAAAGCAGCAGACCAGAGCGAUUGACGUCAUUAUACCGGAAGCCACAGCAUCUAAUAGCACCCUGUCCCACGAUACGUGCCCUGCCUUCGAGACUGGACCAUACAGUGACUUCGGCGCAGCCGUGCAGAAGGUAUGGUCGUCGAGGUUUGUUCCACCUAUUCAGAAACGCAUCAACGAAGCACUCGGCACAAACCUUAGCAUAACAUCCGUUGUCGAUCUUAUGGACAUGUGCCCAUAUGAUACUCUGGCAAGUCCAGAUGCUACGAUCUCUGAAUUUUGUCAACUAUUCACCGAAGACGAGUGGCACGCCUACGAUUACUAUCAAACCUUGGGCAAGUUCUACGGCGAUGGAGCAGGCAACCCACUGGGUGCAACACAAGGUCUUGGCUAUGUCAAUGAGCUCAUCGCGCGGUUGACUGGGAAGCCAGUGGACGACCAUACCAAUACUAAUAGAACCCUUGAUUCGGAUCUUGCAACUUUCCCUCUCAACAACAAGGUCUACGCAGAUUUUAGUCACGACAAUGAUAUGAGCGGUAUCUUCGCAGCUCUUGGUCUUUACAACAACACCAAGCUGUCAAAUACUACCAUGGAGAACAACGAUCAGACUGGAUAUUCUGCAGCUUGGACCGUCCCAUUUGCUGCGAGACUAUACGUCGAGAAACUGCAAUGCAAGCAUGAUAAGGAAGAGUUUGUUCGCGUUAUUGUCAACGACCGCGUGCAUCCUCUGGAAUUUUGCGGUGGUGAUAAGCAUGGCAAGUGUACGCUCAGACGCUUUGUAAAAAGCCAAGGAUUUGCAAGAAGCGGCGGAGACUGGGCCCGAUGUUACACCUGA